AUGCUCUUUUCUGACGAGGAUCAGGAUCGGGCAGGAGACGGGCUUGGAGGCCCCAACACGUCAGAUGCGCUGGGAGAUGAGCCGGCGGAGCACGAGAUUCGCGAUUCCAGCAAGCUCAGCCUGAAUCUGCCUCCAGUGAAGGGCGCCGGGGAGCCGGCAGACUCGGACAUGGAACCUCCCGGGAGAGCCGCGGACGAGGAGGAAGGUAGCGAGUCAGCCGCGCAGGAGGGCCUGCGGGGGGCGGGCGGGGGGGAUGCGCGCGCGCAAGCGGAAAAAGAGAGAGAUGCGCAGGACGCUGCUGCGCAGGAGGAGGAUUCGGAGGGCGGGGAUGGUCAGGAGGAGGAAGGGUUGCUGCAUAGCCGCACUGGUGGCGAUGCGAAGGCGGCGGCGGCGGCGGCUGACGCGGCAGCUGCUGCUGAUGCUGAUGGUGAUGGGGUUGGAGGUUCUGAAGGCGUGGGAGGGGCGAAGGAAGCAGAGGAGGAAGAGAAGGGCGAGAAGGGCGAGGAGGAGAAGGGUGAGAUAGUGCCGUGCCUGAGCCCAGCAAUGAACAAGCGCAUGAAGCUGAAGCUCAACACCAAGGCGUGUGACCCGGAGCUGUCAGAGAUAGUGCCAUGUCUGAGCCCAGCAAUGAACAAGCGCAUGAAGCUGAAGCUCAACACCAAGGUGAUGGAGCACUACGAGCGCCACUGCCCUUCUGACGACCUCAUGCCGCACUGCCUCGUGCCGCAGCCGCCAGGCUACAAGACCUCCAUCCCCUGGCCGCGCAGCAGGGACGAGGUGUGGCGGGCCAACGUGCCCCACACGCUGCUGGCCACGGAGAAAUCGGAUCAGCACUGGAUGGUGGUGGACGGCGAGAUCAUCCGAUUCCCGGGCGGCGGCACGCACUUUCCUGGGGGCGCAGACAAAUACAUUGAGCGCAUUGGGAAGAUGAUGGGAGACGAGAACGGCAACUUCUCAGUGGGCGGCAAGAUCCGGACGGUUCUGGACAUCGGGUGCGGGGUGGCGUCGUUCGGCGCGUACCUCCUGGAGCACUCAGUGCUCACCAUGUCGGUGGCCCCCAACGACGUGCACGAGAAUCAAAUCCAGUUCGCCUUGGAAAGGGGCUUACCUGCGUUCCUGGGGGUGAUGGGCACGCAGCGUCUUCCUUUUCCUUCCUUGGCCUUCGACCUGGCCCACUGCUCCCGCUGCCGCAUUGACUGGCUGCAGAGAGACGGCCUGCUGCUGCUGGAGCUGGAUCGGGUGAUUCGGCCGGGGGGCUACUGGGUUUGGUCCGCCCCGCCUGUGUAUCGCGAGGACGAGGAGAAUCAGAAGCUGUGGACGGACAUGCUGGCGUUCAUGGGGCGCAUGUGUUGGAAGGUGAAGGCGCAGAGCGGGCAGACGGCCAUCUUCAAGAAGCCAAAGACGAAUCUGUGCAUCAAGAAGCGGGCGGCAGACACAGAACCGCCCCUGUGCGAUGCCGCCCGGGUGUCACCGAAUUCCGCCUGGUACACGCCCAUGGACGCAUGCGUCAACACGGUGCCCAAAGGCAAAAAGAACAAGCUGAUCCAGCCGUGGCCGGAGCGACUGGUGUCCCCCUCGCCACGCAUCGACCUGCUAGGGCUGGCCAAGUCUGACUUUGAGGCCGACACGGAAGCCUGGGAGAAGAUCGUAGCAGACUACGACACCCUGCUGGGCGGACAGGCCCUCCUUCGCCCUGCAGACUCCUCCUCCCUCAAGGCAGCCUCCAAGAGCAAGGGUUCCAAGGCGGCCUUCCCCAUGCGCAAUGUGAUUGACAUCAACGCGCACAUGGGCGGGUUUGCAGCGGCACUGGCAGCGCAGGGUCAGGCGGUGUGGGUGAUGAACACGGUGCCCCCGCAGGGGGGAGCCAGUGGUGCUGGGCUGGCGAUGGUGUAUGACCGAGGGCUCAUCGGGGUGUUCCAUGACUGGUGUGAGCCCUUCUCGACAUAUCCCCGGACCUACGACCUCGUCCAUGCAUGGAGGGCAGUGUCUCAACUCCUCAAGCGUAAAUGCUCCUUGGAGGCCUUGCUGCUUGAACUCGACCGGAUCCUCCGCCCCAAGGGCGUUCUGCUCUUCCGAGAUAGUGCCGAUGUUAUUGCGCGCCUGGAGAAGCGGUUGAAGGCGGUGAAGUGGGUUGUACUGAAGGGGCCUGUGUCGAGGACGUUUAUUGACGGGGAGGAGGAGCAGGUGCUCAUUGUGCAGAAGAGGUUUUGGCGAAUGAAGGAAAAGGCUGGGUUGAAGGAAAGUGCGGAGGCAGCUGCAUCGACAGAUGGGGAUGCUGAGGAGCGUCGGCGGUUGUGA